GAAAAGAGUACGUUUUCAUUUUGGGACUUAUUUUGUGGAGUCUCGCCAGCCACAGACGACAAAUUGACACCAUGAAGCUCGGCCGAGGCAUCAACGUGGAGCACAUCAAGCGUAUGACGCUGCGUACCGUGCGCGAGAGCACGGAGGGACAACCAGAGACGCUUGCGUUCUUGGACGCUCUGGAACGCAACGACUUCGACGAGACGAAAUGCAAACGCGAGGCACGCCACAUGAUGCUCGUGCUGGAGGCCAAGAGGAAGCGUCGCGCCGCUGAGCACCGCUCCACGCUUAACUUCCACGUGAUCCGUAUGAUGAAGGGGCACCACGACCCGCGCCGCUAAGCGAGACAACGGACAGGCAAGAGACUAUAGGGAGAGCAGAGGAGACGCCGACGGCAGAACCCUAUCAUUUAACCGAUAAACUCUCGCUGGUGUCGCGUUUGCGAUACCAAGCGCCGUUUUGCAUGUGUUAUUGACGUCGUGUUGCUUCAGAUUGGGAAGUGAGCUAUAAGUUGAUGUUGCUCCGAUUUAGGGAAAUAGGAAAGCGUCGGUCUACUCGGAUUUUCAGCACUCGACAUGCUUUGGAAUCGGGAGUCUAAGUUUUCUGCGUAACAUAAGUUUGUUGCCUCAAAGUCAAACACGAUCGGAUAAGUAUACCGAAAGGUCGAGUAUUCAAGUGCGAAUG